UUUUGCCUUACUUGCUCCCGAUUUGGUCACUCUUACAGGAAGGGAAUUGCCUAUGUCCCUCUACCAAUGAUGCCCCAAGCUGAGGCCACUGCUGCGAACUUACUGAAAAAUACAGUCCCUUGUCUAACUGGUGGAAUUGAAAAGGCCCCUGCCGGUAUUGAUAUAACCCUAAAUGUUGUUGACUUGGAGAAAACUCUGUUUGAGGCUUGUGAAUCCGCCCUCUAUCAUUCACAGAGCCUUGUGACUGUUUUUACUGAUAUUGUCCCGAUUAUUACUUGUGUUGAGCCCCCUACUGCAGACUAUUGUAGGUACAACAGAACCACCUGAUAAAGACGGUUUGGCUUCUAUAUAAGGCGUAUUGUUCAUUUGAAAAGGCACAUCAAUCUAAAAAGCUAAAUAUGUUGGCUUGGUAUUUCUUAUACUCUACUACAAUGUGAGUUUGAUUUGUGACAUGUGCUUUGCAUUGAACCUAUGCUUGAAGUUGUCUUGUUAAUGUUCUUCACUUUCUUGUCCUUUUAGUAGUGGAAUUUUGCAGUUCAAUCUUCUUUUUUGGAGUAAAUACAUAGUAUUCUAGUGAAAUAACCCAACACUUGACUAUUUUUAGUAUUGCAUUCUAAAUGGUCUGUCAUCUUUGUUUCUUGGCUGCAGGAAGAACGUAAAUUCUGAACUCAUAAGUCUAAACAUGCCUUCAAAAGUUCAAAUUAUCAUUGUGCCUUUGGAUUUUCGAGGCAUGAAUGCUCAAUAACUUAUUUCAUCUGUAUUGUUGCCAUUAGGUUUGUCUUUGAGUCCAUGGCUGUGUUAAUGAAUGAGCAAAAGAAUAAGUUCAAGGAUACUGAAGCUGCAAUUUGAUCUUUGCAAGUCCAAUUUAGUUAGCAAUUUAGCAUGCAUAUUUUCAAUCUUCGGUACGUUUUUCAAUCUAAUUUAGUUAUUUUUCUCAAUUGUUAAAAGGUGAUCUUUUCAACCUAAAUUUGGAACAUGUUUUAUUUAGUGUUCGGAAAUUGAAGGACCAUUGAAAUUUCUCUUAUGAAGGUCUCUUCUGGUUGAUUAAUUUGUAUAUGAGAAGAAAGGAAUCAUCUUUUAUCAAUAAAAUCUUUUAUGCAAACUAGGUCCCAAUCCAGAGAUUUCCCAUGAGAUUAGCCUUCUUCUCCUUUAAUUUAGUACUUUUAUUUAUCUUUUUUUCUCUUUCUUGUACUUUUAUUUUCCUUUUUCGCACUGUACUCUCAAUUUUUAUCAAUAAAAUCUUCCCUUUUCAAAAUAAAAAAGAAAGGAAUCAUCUUCUAUGCCAUUGAUUUCAUCUUCAAUUUCUUAUGCAGAUUAUUGUCUCUGCUUUCAUACAUAUUGUUCGCUGAAACUAGGAAAUAUGCAUCUUAAUGGCCACAUACAGAUUAUUGUUUCAGUUUAUUAUUGAUUACUUGAUUGGAUACUCCCAUCUACAACAUGGUUUGAUUGUUUCGAGAAAUAUCCACAAUAGAUGCUUUAUGUACUUCCAUACAGAUCAUUGAUAUGAGUUCAUUCCUGAGGUAGUUGAAAAAAACAGAAGUGAAAAUAGCUCUUGUUAUAGUUAAGAUUCCUAUAGUUUGACUGCAUUUAAUCUGUUCUGCAUUUUUUUUACGUGGUAUUCGGUUUAAAAAAUUUGUUAUUUUAAGUUAAUAGAGGAUCUAAUAUAUGCCCCGGCCUGCAAAAAUAUACUAUUGUAUGUCUAAAUGCAUUUUUUAAACAAGGCCAUGUACUUCUUAGAGUCCAUAAUGACUUAAUCUCAUCUUUAUACUAUACUAGCGAUCUAUUCUCUGUUCUGUGUUUUGCUUAACUAAUGCAGCCAUGCUCUGACUUUCCUUCUCUAUUGCUCAUAUCCUAAGUAGAGCAGUUUGGGCCAUGUACUUUGUCCGAGGAACUGAAAUUGAGAGGCAUUGAAGGUGUGGAAAAUCAGUGACGUGCCAAGUAAUAGCUUGGAAAAGUGAGAAACAACUAUCAAAUGAAGGAGGAAAUGAAAAUGGACAUCAUCACUCUAUGGGAUGAUAUUAACUUGUUGAAAAAUGUGACAAGUAAUAUAUAGCUUGGAACACACACUAAUUAGAGUGUGAAAAGAGAAUCUUUUCACUACUAAAGUUUGUGAUGUAUAAAAUGUAAAUAUAUAGCAUCUUGUAAUACACUACGUACCUACUUAAUUUGUAUAACUAUUUGGGUAUUAAAUGAAAAUAUUGAUCUUUUUUUUUGGUUAUUUAUCAAAUAUCUGUGUAAUAGAACUUGUAAG